GAUAUGCUGUGCCGGGUACUGAUUGGUCGCUUCCCUUCACCGGGUUCUCUUUCGUGCCUAUGGUUACCGGCGAGUGAGUGAGGUGGGGGCGCGGAACCUGCUCGACGAGACCCCGCCAUGUCCCCCCGCUCCCUCGGCGCUCUCCUCCUGUUGUUGUUGUGCUUACUUGGGGACGCCAUUGCCGGGAGAGAUUUCUACAAGAUCUUAGGAGUGCCUCGUAGUGCAUCAGUUAAAGAUAUCAAAAAGGCCUAUCGAAAAUUAGCUUUGCAGCUUCAUCCGGACAGGAACCCCGAUGAUCCACGUGCGCAGGAAAAGUUCCAGGAUCUCGGGGCUGCCUAUGAGGUAUUAUCAGAUGAAGAAAAGCGAAAGCAGUAUGAUGCAUAUGGAGAAGAGGGGUUGAAAGAGGGUCACCAGAGUUCCCAUGGAGAUAUUUUUUCACAUUUCUUUGGAGACUUUGGAUUCAUGUUUGGAGGCAAUCCUCGUCAACAGGACAGAAACAUUCCAAGAGGAAAUGACAUCAUUGUGGACCUAGAAGUUACACUAGAAGAAGUAUAUGCAGGAAAUUUUGUAGAAGUUAUUCGAAACAAACCAGUAGCAAGACAGGCACCAGGCAAGCGAAAAUGCAAUUGCCGCCAGGAAAUGAGGACAACCCAGUUGGGUCCAGGGCGUUUCCAGAUGACCCAAGAAGUUGUCUGUGAUGAAUGUCCCAAUGUCAAACUUGUGAAUGAAGAACGGACCCUAGAAGUGGAGAUAGAGCCUGGUGUGAGAGAUAGCAUGGAAUAUCCCUUUAUUGGGGAAGGAGAGCCCCACGUUGAUGGGGAACCAGGUGACUUGCGCUUCCGAAUAAAAGUUCUCAAGCACCCAGUCUUUGAACGAAGAGGUGAUGAUUUAUAUACAAAUGUGACUAUCUCACUGGUUGAGGCUCUCAUUGGCUUUGAAAUGGAUAUUGGUCAUUUAGAUGGACAUAAGGUCCAUGUUGCCCGGGAUAAAAUCACAAAGCCUGGAGCUAAACUGUGGAAGAAAGGAGAAGGUCUUCCCAAUUUUGACAACAACAACAUUAAAGGCUCUUUAAUAAUUACAUUUGAUGUAGACUUUCCCAAAGAGCAGCUGUCAAGUGAACAGCGGGAAGGACUCAAAAAAUUGUUGAAACAGGCAUCCGUGCAGAAGGUGUACAAUGGACUGCAGGGAUAUUGAGACAAGAGGCAAAUGGACUUUGUUACAAUGAAUGAAUCAGUGCUGUAAACUGCAGUCUCUUCUUCUGGUCAUUGUAGAACAAAGCUGAGGGAUGCUGGCGUGACCACUGAAAGCUCUGUUUUUACCAAUAGCGAGGUGAUUCUGGGACAGAUCAGAAGACGGCAAAAGAUACUUCCUAAUUCAGGACACAACUGGUGCUGUACUUGGAGCAGUCAGUCUCCAACAGUUGAGAGAUGUGAGGUGUUUUAACAAAAGUACUGCAUUGAAAUUCUGGUUUUAAAAUAUAUUUUGAUGUUACCUUUUUCUUGCCCUUCUGAAUGAAUUUUUAUCCCUCUGUUGUACCUUGUAUGUCCUCUGUCUCGGGCAUUCUUGGGCUAAAGCUGGAAAGUUAUGGUUAAAAACAUAUCCACAAUGACCUGAUUUUGUUAUCUUGCAAAAAUACCUAGCCCAUUGUCUCCUAUUCUAAUGGAUUUGGAACAUGAAAGAACCUCAUCUCUGCACAAUUCAGUAGUUACCUGCAUUGGCCUCAAAUUGUCCAGAUGCUUCCUGUUGAUACCAUGGAAUUGUACUUUAGGCUUUGCUUUCUACUCAGAGAGGUUCUAAGUUCUCCAUGAGCACAGGGGACAGUGUUCAUGAAAGACUGACAAUUCACUAUGCCUCUCUAAGGUUAGCAUCAAUACACAGCCUUGAAUUUUUUGAGACUGUACUGAAAGUAUAUGAAUUUGUUUUCUCUGAUUUCAUAAACAGACAAUCCAGCAAGCAA